UAUUUAACUGCGUCAGUACUAAUGAAGAGCUUGGGCGGGUCGUUAUUUCCUGCGCUACCUGCAGCAGCAACGACAGCAGCAGCGAUUGAAGAAGCUAUUGAGUACGACGACGACGAGGAGGAUUCGCCUGCGUCGACGAUUGUGCCUUCUUCACCUGUGCGUUCUCGUCGGAAUUCACCGACACGCAAUGGAGGAAACACAGAAGACCACGAUAGUGGAAGUAGAGGAAAUCUCAGCUACCACAACGACAACGACAGAAACAGAGACGGAGACAACGAAAGAAACACGAUUCCUCCUCCCCGAACGACAAUCCCUCACCCGAGCACGCAUAAAGCUCUUCCAAACCAUCCAGGAACAAAUGAAACUUCUGGGCCGACCACCCCUGGAAAUCUUACCACCAUUGAACCUACAAGAAUUCCACAACGAACACCUAGCAAUCACCAAACACCUCGAACAACUCGCGUCGAAGAAGGACUCUCUGGACCCGAGAGAAAUCCCAAUUCAUUACUUAAUUGCGAGAAAAAGACGACUCCUAGUCCUCCUCAUGCACCUCGAAUGGAAGAUCGAACGCCGCCGAGUCCGACGACAGAAACGUCUGCGUCAACGCCAACGGUAUCUUCAUCAAAAUUACAUCCGCGAGUUGCGGUCAUACUUGGGGUAGAUCGGAAAUGGUAUUUACCGUUGGUCGUGUGCAGGGCGCUUAGUGUUGGGCCUGCGUUGUGGUGGGGAUUGAGGUGCGCGUUUACUUUUUUGGCGGAGUUGUUGAGGAUUAGACCGGGGAAUAUGUGGAGGGAAGGUUGGGUUGCGAUUGUGGUGAGUAGUGCGGCGGCCGAUUGGGAUGUGGAGAGGAGGUUUAGGGUUACUGAGGUUGCGUUGGCGAUUAUGUGGUGCUGCGCAUCGGCAUAUCUAUCGUAUUUUUUCAUGGACUGCAUGAUGUCUCGAUGGCUCCUCAACUACAGUCCCCCAGCAGUCCUGAUCCGACUCCUAGCCACAAACGGCCUUAUAGCAUACCUCACCUCCUCCGUCCUCUGGCUCUCAGGCGCCUCAUCUGAUCCACGCUUACUCCUCCCAGCGUGGAUCUCAAUCACAACCGUACAGUUUCUCCCCUAUCACACACCUCAACACAUAUAGCUUCUAACCCAUGACCUGGUGGUGUAGACAUUAACAUUCCUCUACCACGCAACCCAAAACCACGCCAUGAUCAAACGCGAAACCACCGCAUCUAUUUCCGUACUCUCCGUAGCCAGCUACGUGAGCAUGUCCCUGAUAUUGUUGCAAUUGCAUUUGACGCGCGAUAAUGAGCCUGAGGUACCGGCCUUUGUUAUGGGGCAGAAGGUUUUUGAUUGGCUUGGUGGGCUUACUUCUUGGUGUGCUUCUUCUUAAAAGAUCUGGUUAGAGGGCCUGUUUACUUUAUAUUUGUUCUUUAUCAGAGGCAGGCGUCUUAUACUCGGAUUUAUAUUACAUAUUUAGUUACGAUUGUUUUGUA